AUGAACAAUAAGCAUUUCUUUGAAGUUGUGUUGGUGCUGCUGACCUCUUUUGCUGUCUUCUCCCUAGAACUGAAAAUGAUUCUUUUCCAACAAAGGAGAAUAAACAGAGAAAGUUUAAAACUCUUAAAUAGAUCACAAAGCUCACCAAUUCGUCAAUGUCUACCUCACAGGAAAAAUUUCCUGCUUCCUCUGAAGUCAAUGAAUCUUCAUCACAACCAGACAGAACACGCACUGACCGUUCUUCAUGAGACGCUUCAGCAGAUCUUCAGUCUUUUCAGGGAAAGAAUUUCUCUGGAUGGGUGGGAGCAAAGACACAUGGAGCAGUUCCUUGUUGAACUUCAUCAACAACUGGAAUACCUGGAAGUGCUUCUGGAACUGAAAGCAAAACAAAAAAAUGGUACUGUGAGUAAUGAAAACCAGAGGUUACAAGUUAAAAUAUACUUUUUAAGGAUCUGUGAUUACCUGGAAAACCAAAGGUACAGUAGCUGUGCCUGGACCAUUGUUCACAUUGAAAUUCAGCGGUGUCUCUUCUUUCUACUCAGACUCACAAGAAUGCUGAGCAAACAAGAAAUAUACCCUUGAGCAA